UAAAAGCUCGAUCGGGUAUGACUUACGUCUUUAUUCGUCCGACCUCAGAGCUGCGAAGGCGAGCGUUAGAGAGUAGAGAGAGAAAAAGUAAUGGAGAAAGCCAUUAACAGACAGAGAGUUCUGCUCGAUCAUCUUCGCCCUUCUUCGCAGACUCAUCAUCAGUCCUCCCUCUCCGCCUCUGUAUGUUUGGCUGGGGAUAGUGCUGCAUAUCACAGGACUGCUGCUUUUGGGGAUGAUGUAGUGAUUGUGGCUGCGUACCGUACUGCCCUUUGCAAGUCAAAGCGUGGUGGCUAUAAGGAUACCCACCCUGAUGAUCUACUUGCACCUGUUCUUAAGGCUUUGAUCGAGAAAACAAAUUUGAACCCUAAUGAAGUUGGGGAUAUUAUUGUUGGCACGGUCUUGGCACCGGGAUCUCAAAGAGCCACUGAAUGCAGGAUGGCAGCAUUCUAUGCUGGGUUCCCUGAAACUGUGCCCAUUAGAACUGUCAACAGGCAAUGCUCUUCUGGCCUUCAGGCAGUUGCUGAUGUUGCUGCUGCAAUAAAAGCUGGAUUUUAUGAUAUCGGCAUUGGAGCUGGGUUGGAGUCCAUGACAAUAAAUCCAAUGGGUUGGGAGGGUUCAAUUAAUCCAAGAGCAAAAGACUUUCAGCCAGCAGAAGAUUGCCUUCUUCCUAUGGGUAUUACUUCUGAAAAUGUUGCACAUCGUUUUGGUGUAUCAAGACAGGAGCAAGACCAGGCUGCUGUUGAAUCCCAUAGAAAGGCUGCUGCUGCCACUGCUUCUGGUAAAUUCAAAGAUGAAAUCAUCCCUGUGACCACCAAGAUUGUGGACCCAAAAACUGGAAAUGAGAAGCAUGUUACAAUAUCUGUGGAUGAUGGAAUAAGGCCAGACACAUCAUUGGCAACUUUAGCAAAGCUGAAGCCUGUAUUUAAGAGGGAUGGGUCUACUACUGCUGGAAAUUCUAGCCAAGUGAGUGAUGGUGCUGGAGCAGUCCUCCUUAUGAAGAGAAGUGUGGCAAUGCAGAAAGGACUUCCCAUUCUUGGUGUAUUCAGGAGCUUUGCUGCUGUUGGAGUGGAUCCUGCUGUCAUGGGUGUUGGCCCAGCUGUUGCAAUUCCAGCAGCCGUGAAGUCUGCUGGUCUUGAACUUGAUGACAUUGAUCUUUUUGAAAUAAAUGAGGCAUUUGCAUCCCAGUAUGUUUAUUGUUGUAAGAAGCUGGAACUUGAUCCAGAAAAAGUCAAUGUUAAUGGAGGUGCCAUGGCUAUUGGACAUCCUUUGGGUGCAACAGGCGCCCGCUGCGUUGCCACCCUAUUGCAUGAGAUGAAACGCCGUGGCAAGGACUGCCGCUUUGGAGUUAUUUCUAUGUGCAUUGGAACGGGAAUGGGUGCUGCAGCUGUUUUUGAAAGAGGGGACUGUGUUGAUCCCUUGUGCAAUGCCCGGCAGGUUGGAACCAACAAUUUGCUGUCCAAAGAUGUUCUAUAGAUGAUCUUCAUCCAUCUUGGUACGUGGAAAACCCAAUAAAUAAAGCAGUGUAGAGUGGGAGACGUCUCCAGGUCCACUUUAAUGGUUCUGUAUGUGGAAGCUGCUGCUUCUGUUUUAAUUUUAUCAGGAUUGUUUGUUAGUCGGUCUUUUAGUAUUAUCUCAAUCAAUUUCAAAUUAAAGGCUGCUUGAUAAUUAUACAUCACUCUUUCUUUUGCUCUGUGCUUUCCUUUGACAGCUUAAAUCAGUGUCCUAGGCUAGGCCUGUGUAAAUGGUAUCGGAAAAUCCGAAAUUCGAAUCCGUUAUA